AUGAAUACUUUUAAUAUAGCACUUUUUGGAAUAAUCGGGGCUAGUCUUUUAUAUUACAUAUACAUAAUCUAAUAUACGAAUUCAGUUCCGUUUUAAUUAGAUGAAAUUCAAGAAAAGGAAUAAGAGGCUAGAAAGUAAGAGAGUGGAACGAAAAACUAUUAAAUUCCUAAUUUCUUUUUUAUCACUCCUUGGAAUAAAGAUGGAUAUAAACUUACUGUAAAAUAUGCAUAGAAAAUUGAUAUGGUUAGUCCUGCGUGGUUUAAUAUUAGAUAUAAUAAUGUUAUUGAUGGAAGACAAUCAGUAAAUGAAUAGUGGAUGCAAGAAAUAGUUUAGGCCAAUCCUUAAAUUGCUAUAAUUCCUAGAGUGUAAAUAGAAUUAUAACAAAGCUCAAUUCUUUAGCAAAUCAAUAAUCCAUAAUUAUUGGAAUCAAUCAUCAAUUUAGUGUAAUAAUAUUAAGAUAAAUUCCAUGGAAUUAUGAUAGACACACCCUAUUUAUCUUAUAUUGAUGCUUUAGAUGCAUAUGAUAUAGUUAUAUUCCUUCAAAAAUUAAAAGCGAGACUGAAUAAUAAAAUGCUAGUGUUAACAUUGUUUGGCAUCUAUGAUCCUUCACAAUACAAACAUUCUACUCUAAAAAAAUUAUUCAAAAUAGCAGAUUAUACAUUAAUAUAAACAUAUGAUUAUCAAAUCUAAGAUGAAGAGGAUUAAAUAUUAUCACCUUACUCAUGGAUUCAAUCAAAUUUAGAACACUUUAUGAUUUACAAAGAGAAAUUAUUGUUUGGACUUCCUUUUUAUGGAUUCAAAAAAACUGAGCGUGAUAAGACUCAUUUCAUAGGUAAUGAACUUCUUAAACUGAAUGCAUCCAAUUACCUUACAGAAUGGGACAGAUCCUCUUCUGAAUGUAGAUACAAAAAUGAACUCAUUUCUAUUUCAUAUCCUUGUCCUGAUUUUCUUGUAUAAAGAUUAGAUUUAAUUAAAGAUUUCAGAAGAGGUUACUUUGUUUGGGAAGGAGGACAAGGUAUUGAAUUGUUUUAUCAACUUUUAUGA